AUGUGAAGACUGGAAAUGCUCAGCAUCUCUGUGCACGCCUUGAUUAGUUUUCCCACAAUGCAACGCGGAUCUGUCAUGGCUGCUCACUGAUGUCGCUUGCUCCACAUGGCCAGAAAUAAACAUUUUUAUCACUGACUGAGACGCUCCGAAUCGGUUCGUUAGUACAGCGCUUUAUAGCUGGCUUUUAUCUGGGACCGUCCUGACUGAAGGCAGCUUGACUUUGGCAAGAACCAAAUCCGUUCAGUCAUGCUGAACGUGGAGAUCGCAACACUCCGAGGGUUUUUAACGGCCAGUGAAGCAGCGGAAUGGAAGCAGAACAUUUUCAGUACUGCAGAGGCAGGCCCUCUGCUGGAGUCCCUUAUGGAAGGGGACUUUGAAGCAGUUCUGCUGAGCACGGAAGUGACAGAUCUGCUCAACGGACAUGGCGACUACCACGAAGGGGAGGACAUCGAGUCCUACUUGGAGAGACGUAUACUACUGUACCUGACUGAUGGCACCAAUGAUAACCAGACCAACAGGGAGUUGGCAGUUUUUGCCUUGGCUGUCUCAUGUCUCCACAUGUUUGCCCAGAGUAACUGGACCGGUCCUCCAGUCUCCUUCGAUAUCUGUGAUCUGCUGACCCCAGCCUUGUUGUCAUCUCAGGAGCCUGAGAUGCUGGUUGAUGCCAUCCACUCCAGCCUGCUCCUGGAUGGGGAAUCUGUGUAUAGCCAGGUGGCCAACCCCUUUCUCCUACUCUUGGCCAGGGUAAUUGUCACCAAAUGCUUCCCCAAGAUGGAUAGCCUUCAGCUGCUGCCCUGGUGGACCCUUCGCUACAUUAACCUACACCAGCAAAUUCUAGAGGCCCGUUCCCCUCAACUCUUCAACUUGGCCCAGAUCAGCAUGGACAAAGUGCUCAAAUGCCUGUCUGUGUUAUCACAACACAGAAACCUGGCUAUUCAAUUCCACCUCGAGUGCGUCUACACUAGUCUCACCUACUAUGAGUACCAGCCUGCCAAGGAACACAUCGAGGAGGCUCGGCAGCUCUCGAGGCUCAACAUCAACAUGACUGGUGCCCUUGGCAAACGUACCCGGUUCCAGCAGAACUACUUGGCUCAGCUCAUCCUUGAAGUCAAAAGAAAACAGGACCAGCCUGGUCAGAUCAAUGAUGAGGCAACUCCCACUCCUACACCUCAGGCUAGUCUUCCCAAGGACUACAAUCUGGGGGACGACACACUACUGGAUAAAAUCAGUUUAGCAGAGCCAGAUCAGUACCACUUGCCUGACCUAACUGCUGAAGAACAGGCCGUCAUCCUGGGUAUCUGCACUGACUUCCAGAAGAAUAACCCUGUGCACAAACUAACAGAAGAAGAACUCCUGGCCUUCACGUCUUGUGUUUUGUCGCAACCCAAGUUUUGGCCCGUGCAAGUGUCAGCACUUUGCCUCAGGACGAAACUGGAAAAAGGAAAAUCCCGAUGUGUAGAAAGAGCCAUGAUGCAAACCCAGGCAAUAGUAGACCACUUUGAAGACAAGAGUUGUCCUGUGACGGAGCGCCUCAAAGUCUUUUACUGCUGCCAAGCACCACCCAGAUGGGUUGUCCAGAAACAGCUGGCCAGCCUGCUGAUGGAUCUCGGCUGCAUCAGUUCAGCUGUACUCAUUUAUGAAAGGCUGGAGCUCUGGGAAGAUGCAAUUAUCUGCUACGAGAGACUCGGCCAACAUGGAAAGGCUGAGGAGAUUGUGCGCAGGGAGCUGGAGAAGAAGGAGACACCUAGUUUGUACUGUCUACUAGGAGACAUCUUGAGGGACCAUCAGUACUACGACUGUGCAUGGGAGCUGUCAGGUCAGCGCAGCGCCAGAGCUAUGCGCUCCAAAGCCCUGCUACACCUCCGCCACAAGGAGUUCCAGCAGUGCGUCGACUGCUUUGAGCAGUCACUCAAAAUCAACAGCAUGCAGCUGGGUGUGUGGUUUUCUCUUGGUUGUGCCUACUUUGCCCUGGAGGGCUAUGAGGGAGCUGCUAAGGCCUUCCAGAGGUGUGUGGGACUGGAGCCAGACAAUGCAGAAGCAUGGAACAACCUUUCUACAGCUUACAUUCGCCUCCAAAUGAAAAAUAAGGCUUUUCGAACCCUGCAGGAAGCCCUUAAGUGUAAUUACGAACACUGGCAGAUCUGGGAGAACUUUAUUGUUGUUAGCACUGACAUUGGAGAUUUUGCUGAAGCCAUCAAGGCAUACCACCGUCUUAUGGACCUGAGGGAGAACUACAAGGACAUCCAGAUUCUGCAGAUCUUGGUGAAAGCAGUUGUUGAGAACUUGACAGACAGCCAAGGUGAGCAGGCAGGAGCCCUCCAGUCCAAACUGAAGGAGCUCCUAGGUCGGGUCAGUUCUCGCCACAGCAGUGACGCUGAGAUAUGGCGACAGUAUGCCCUGCUGUAUGGUGACGGCCACAGCUCCAACCCAGAAAACAACGACAAGGCGCUGCAGUUCCUGUCCAAGGCCCAUCGCUGUGAGGUUCAGGGAGGCGGUUGGGAGAAAGAACCUGCUCUCUUCAAGGAGGUGAUCAAACAAGCUGUCCACAUGGGAGAAGUGGCACUCAGUUGCAGUGUGAAGAAGAGUAAUCCAACAGAAGCUCUUCAGAUACUGUCCUCUACACGCCUCAGUCUCAGGAGUCUGGCCACCAAAGCCAAGCAAAUGCACACAGACGUGGCCACAGGAAAGAUCCAUGCUGAGCUGCAGGACGGCGCUUCUGCUCUGGAGCAAGUCAUCACCGAGCUGCAGGAUCUGAGUGGGAAGCUGUGUAACCAGUCACAGUGACCAUCCAUAUCUAAUAUGGCCCUUUUGUGGCAAAAGAUAGAGCCUUUGGUUCUCAGGGGUCCUCAGUAAGACUCAGUAAUAAAGACCUAAACAGGCUCUACACCUGCAGUUAUCAUCACAGUGUAUUACUGAACCUGUUAAAUAAAGAAAGGCAAAGGACUGAAUUUGUAAUCCUAUUUUUAUACCUUUAUGUCCACUUUGAAAUGUAAACACUGACUGGAUGGCAUCUUAAAAUACAAUGUUAAAAAUUUGAAUGCUUGCUUUGAUUUUUUUUUUUUUUUUUUUUUGUAAAUGAAGUGAUAAAAUCACCUUUAUCUGUGAUAAACAAAGUGAUCAGUUGACAGAUUUUGAAGCUGCAUUCAUACAGAAUAAGUUGAGCAGCAGCAGAAGGCUCUCAGGGACAGGAUCCAGCUUUAGGUCAUCUGUAUCUGUAAAUAUUUAGAUCCCUCUCUCAUCCACUGUACAGACAAGUGUAAAUGUAGUAAAAAUAGACCUAAAGUGUAAUAAUGUGAUUGGUACAGUAGGUUACUGCACCCAUUGUGGUAAUUUCUGCAGAACAGAACAUGAAGAAAAAUCGAGCCGCUAUUCCAACUUCUUUGUCUGACAUAUUUCAAGAUGCAUACUCUAAAAAGCUUAAAUCUAUGCUCUUUCUUUUGUUAUAACUAUUCAGUUCAAUUUAAUUUUAUUUAUACCACCUAUUUGCAAGCACUUUAACGACAGUGGGAACAAAAAACUCCCUUUUAACGGGAAGAAAACUCCAGCAAAACCAGCCUCAGGGAUGGAUGGCCAUCUACUGCAACCAGUUUGGGUGAGGGGAGGAAGACAGGACAAAGACAUGGUGUGGAAGAGAGCCAGAGAUUAAUAACAAGUAAUGAUUCAGUGCAGAGAGGUCUAUUAACACAUAGUGAGUGAGAAAGGUGACUGAUCCCCCAGCAGCUUAUACCUAUUGCAGCAUAACUAAGGAAGGAUUCAGGGUCACCUGAUCCAGCCCUACCUCAUCUGAAGUAAGCCUGCAGUCCGAGAGGGAAGUGCACUAAUGGGUUGAUAUGGUACUAUAGGGUCGUUAAGAUAAGAUGGGGGCUGAUCAUUAAAGACCUUGUAUGUGAGGAGCAGGAUUUUGAAUAAAUGAAGGGAAGCCAGUAUAGCUCUAGUCAUGCUAAUAGAAUUUUAUAGUCAACUAGGAAAUAGUACUAAUGUUAACCAGCCUGGAAUAAACAAACAAAUGUAUUGGUGUUUGUCUUGUCUUUCCCAUUCAGCCAAUAAUACAUGUAUUUAUCCAAAUAGUUGCUACGACUAGAUUUGUAUGAGAUAGUGGUGUGCUAUUCUAUAAACUAACACUAGGUUAACAACUUGCAUACAUAGACUUUACAUGCUAAUUGGUAAAUGGAAAAUAGACUGGUUAUAUAGCGCUUUUCUACUCUACCUGAGCACUCAAAGCGCUUUAUACAACAGUAACUAACAGACUAGUAAAGUCCUGUAAAUGUACACAUCAAAGCUUAAGCAGAGACCUCUUGCACAUUCUACAGAGUCAAAUUAUUUGCUGUAUAAUUACAUUAAAAAAUGAUCCAAAAGGCACAACAGUACAGCGAGUCAUAUUAAGAAAGGCGAGGCUGCUAUUAAGGUGCUUAUGUCAGCAACAAGGUGAUAGUUACAUAAAUGGCAGCAAUUAAAAAACGUCCAAGCAGAAUGUUUUAUUAAACUGGAGUUGUUUUAAUAUUGUAGCUGUAGUGUAAGUUCUUUCCAGAAUAAAUCAAAAUGAUUGGC